AUGGGGGACCUCUUCAAACCCAUCAAAACGACUCGCAAAGUCCAAGAUAACAUUGAGAAAUUUGAGACUCUCUCCUUCCGAGAUGUUUCAGCCUCUCGACCUAAUAGCGCAAAGUCCAAGAUCACGCUCCUCGACCUCAACUCCGAAACCAACGAUACUGAAAGUGAAUCCUUCAGUCUCCGACCCUCAAUUGAUUCAGCUGCAACUACUUUAUCGGCCAAGUCGGCUUCGGAGACGCACAAACGCCAUGAGUCUAAAGUUUUCCUCGACAAAUCCUACCUCGAUGAUUCUUCUAAGAAGACGCUGCCAGACGACGCUCAAGUGAUUCUGGAUAACCAACCAGAUCGCGAAGAUCUAGUGGCUGUCUUGCAAUAUCUUCAGUAUGGCAUCGAAGGCAAGCACGACUUCAAUAUACGACUGCCUGGCCCAAAGGCAUCUCAGAUUCUCAAUGUGCUCGUCACUGUCACCAUACCAGAUCAAUGGUUACAUCUCCGGGGUAGCAGCCUUGCCAAGCCAGAAGCGCAACUGAGGAAGCUUCUGAUUGCACCUCUUGCAAGUAUUGCUGGCAUAGGAGCUCUGCUGAUGCAGAUCCGGCGUCUUUCGUCAACCAAUCAUACUGAGGUUGACUCUGUCUUGGAGGACGCAAUCUCAAUACUAGCAGCAAUACUCGAACGUCAAUUCCUAUUAGGUCGAUUCAUGUCCGAUGCAAAACAAUUCUUCACCAACGAAACUGCACGUCGGGUAUUCUGGCAAGAAGUAACUUCUCUCGUGGCCGGUAGCAAAAUCCUCACAACAAUGGCUCAAGUUUUUGCGCUAGUCAAGCCUCUAGGCGAUCGACUUCCCGGAUGUCAAUGGCUUGGAGACGGCGCAGAGUAUUCCAAAUGGCUUUCGAGGAAUAUUUCUGCUGCGGCGAUCGACAUCAAGCCUGGUGUGAAAACUGUCGAUGAACCACUCAACAUGUUAGGACAAGUUUUCAAGCGAGGUUUAAGUCUUGGAUAUCGAGACGCAUUUGUCAGCGAGCUCUACACUGCCCUCCUCUUCGGCCAACGUGCCUUGUGGACAACCUUACACUCACUGCUCAAGACUCUUUCGGCUUACGAUCAGAAGGCUGUGUUCGAUAUGAUUCUUCGUGAUGUUACUAGAAAAUCUCUACAAGCAAGUCAUGACAAAUUGUUUACUCCUAGCGAUACUGUCAAGGUUACGGGAAUCGCUGCGAUGAUAAACGGUUUGGUUCAAGCCAAUAGUCUUCUGGAGGCACAUCUUGUACACUGGCUGACAAGUAACAACGGGGAGUAUGCUGGGCUUACACUGGGGGCUCGAAGAGCUGCCAUUGCUACACUGGCCCAGAAGCAGGAUAGCUUGGAAAUCGUUCUGAAGAAGAGCCUGGCCAGCUUCGGCAACAACAUCCAAAUCCAGCAUGACAUAAUGCUCCAACAGGAGUCACUCACCCAAACGAUUUUACUCACAAGUGGGUACCUUCACCGAUUGAGCCCUGAAGCACUCAAACAAAUAUCAGGCUCCGGCGAAUUCUUGCACAUGGUUUCUGCUCGUCUUUCUGCUUCUGUUCCCCGCGCCCGAUUCCUCGGCAUGAUUGUUGCCACUGCAGUCUCCAGGCUUGUAGACAAAGCUGAUAAGGUGAUGAACUUUGGAGUUGAAGAAAUGGACAGUGAAGAAGCCAAUUCUUGGUUUGAUCUUGUAAACAUUGCUGAUACUAUUGGUGACCUGAGUGUACUCAAAACUGGAACGGCAGUAGCUUUGCCACAAACUACACAGAAGCGACCAACUACCCAAGUUUCGAAACGGUCAUCGAAGGCCGUCCCGCAGAAUACCAAAAUCAUUGCAAUUGAAGAGCUUUCUGACGCCGACGGAGAAAAUGGAAGCUCAGAUGAAGAAGAAGACCCCGACCUCCGCCCAUAUGUGCGUCCAGACAGUGAUCCAGAAGACUCUGACGACGAUCCAACCCUUAUCAACCGAAAGAAACCAUCAGCUCCUGUGUAUAUAACCUCACUCAUCAAGCAGCUCAAUACUAGUGACGAUCUGUCAAUCACUGAACUUGCUCUAAAGACGGCACCCUCUCUAAUACGUCGAAAAGCCAAUUUUGGCGAUGAACUCGGAAUGAACCUUCUACCUCUGGCCUCUUCUCUUCUAAACUUGCAAGAGGGAAUGUCGUCCAAAGAGUUGCAGCGACUCAAAGUUGAAUCCUUGAUUGCUUGCCUGGUCUCAAAGCCAGUGGUGAUGGGGCCCUGGGUUGCGAGCAUGUACUUUGAAGGCGACUUCUCCCUGUCGCAGAGAGCCGCGCUGCUGGCGGCGGUCGGAUUGGGGACUCGAGAGCUUGCAGGCUAUGAUGACAAGUUAACCCAAGAUGGCUUUGAGAUUGCUGAUAUUCAACCAACUUUUCCUUCGAACCGUCUACCGCCGAAGUUAGAGAGUCUGUACGCUAGUAUCAGCGGCCCUGUCUCCGCGAUCUCAAGGGAUCUUUCUCACCGCACACUCCAACCCAUGGCUCUUGAAGCGGCCGACAAAUUGACAGGUCCCAAUAUCCUCAAGGUCCGCACCUUCUCAUCCCGCAUGGAGGUGCAGAAGAAAGUGGCUGCAAAAGCCGAGGCCCGCUCCAAACGGAUCCCAAAAGAUUUACACAAGGUCCUCGCAGAUUCACUAUACCUCCCAUUCUGCUCACGGCUAACACUGGUCUUGACCUCCCUUCCCACUUCGCCCUUCCUGGCGAACUCAACCUUGCUACACCCUUCACUACUGAAGCUCAGCCUGCAGACACUGGCCAUCGUCAUCUCGACUUUGGGUCCACACGCCCUUCAGUUAUCCGCCGUGACCCGGGAGACCCUGAUUCUGCUCACACAGCUCCACAGCAUCCCGUCACUGGCGCACGAUCCCAUUAUCCUCCCGACCAUUCUACAGCUGUUACUCACCGUCUUGGACCUGAACGUCGAGGCUGGGAGCACAGCGGAGGAGAGACUAGUGACGGAGUUUGGGACCAUGAUCGCCGAGCUCAUCUCCUGGUCAGGCAGUCUUGGGGAGAGAGUGUCUAUCCCUGAGGUCGAUGCGAGCGAUAGUGGUGAGAUGCCUUGGACGGUGCUCGUGGCAGGUAUUCAGGUCAAAUGGCAGGAAGUGGGGAGGAAAUUUCAGGGCAGGAUGCUGGGUUUAGUGGCAGGGACAGAUUUUGAUUCCUUCUGA